AACACAACGACCCAGACUCUUUCACCGUGAACCUGUAUCCAUCGAGGAGGCUCAUGGACAAAGCGUUUGCGGACCUCACCGCCUACCUUAAUUGGACGAGGAUGGGGGUCAUCUACGAAGACUAUGGUUAUGGUGAACUAAACAUAGCCAACAUCGCCAAAGACGGACGCGACAUGUAUUGCGUGCGCGCAGCCCACGAGUAUCGCCGCGCACUGACGCUGCUAAAAGCUCAGGGCGUCACGCAUAUCAUUGUUGAUACAGAUCCGAAGAAACUACGCCAACUGUCGAGAGCUAUUCUUCAACUACAAAUGAACAACGAAAACUAUCAUUACAUUUUCACGUCCUUUGACAUGGAACUCUUUGAUCUUGAAGAUUUCUACUACAACCGAGUAAACAUGAGCGGCUGGCGGCUGGUCGACCGGGAUUCUGACAAGGUCAAGGACACGCUGCUGGUCAUGGAGAAGUUCCACCCUAUUGGCGCCAGUAUACUUACUGGAGGUCAUAUCAAGACUGAACCAGCUCUUCUCUACGAUGCUAUACAAGUCUUAGCCACGGCGUUGGCAGCAAGCAAGGAGGUGGGUCCCACCAACGCAUCUUGUGAUGAUGAGACUACGUGGAGCCAUGGGAAGGAUGUUAUGGAGAACAUCAAUAAGAUCCAUGCACACGGCCUAACCGGACCCAUUCAGUUCCAAAAUGGCGUCCGCACGAACUUCAGCCUCCAGCUGAUGCGGCUAGUGGGGGGAGAGAAGGGGGGAACUGUGGUCUCAGGUCACUGGAACCCGGGAGAUGGUCUGACUAUCACUGAUCCUGCGGCGUAUAAGAGAGACCCACCACCUAAUGUUACGCUGACUAUUGUUACUGUAGAGGAGAAGCCUUACGUUAUGGUAAAAGAAGGUUGGAAUCUUCAAGGCAACGCUCGUUUCGAGGGUUUCUGCAUCGACCUACUAGCCAGGGUGGCGGCGCAGGCGGGCUUUGCGUAUCGACUGCGGCUUGUUCCAGACAACAUGUAUGGAGCCAGGGACCCGGAUACGGGACAGUGGAACGGGAUAGUGCGAGAGCUCGUUGAUAGGAAAGCUGAUAUUGCGGUGGCAUCUAUGACGAUAAACUACGCUCGGGAGGCAGUUAUUGACUUCACUAAACCUUUCAUGAAUCUUGGAAUCGGCAUACUCUUCAAGGUCCCAACGUCGCAACCAACUCGUCUCUUCAGCUUCCUCAACCCACUGGCCAUCGAGAUCUGGUUAUACGUCUUGGCAGCCUAUAUCCUGGUGUCUUUCACGCUGUUUGUCAUGGCACGGUUUUCACCGUACGAAUGGUCAUCAAGCACGCAUGUCUGCGGACACGAGACGAAGUUACUCACUAAUCAGUUCAGCGUCUGUAACUCUCUGUGGUUCAUCACGGGAACAUUCUUGAGACAGGGCUCUGGAUUGAACCCGAAGGCGACCUCCACCAGAAUCGUUGGAGGUAUCUGGUGGUUCUUCACCCUGAUCAUCCUGUCAUCGUACACUGCCAACCUGGCCGCGUUCCUGACAGUGGAGAGGACAGUGCUGCCAAUACAGAGUGCUGCGGACCUAGCUGCUCAGAACAGUGUGCAGUAUGGGACGCUCAAUGGAGGGUCCACUAUGACUUUCUUUAGGGAUUCCAACAUCGACAUCUACCAGAAGAUGUGGCAACACAUGUCCACCACCUCCCCCCCUGCUCUCGUCUCCUCAUACGAAGAGGGGGUGCGGAGGGUUCUUCAAGGGAAUUAUGCAUUCCUUAUGGAAUCUACGAUGCUGGACCAUAGGGUGCAGAGGGACUGUAACUUAACACAGAUCGGGGGACUUUUGGAUUCUAAGGGCUACGGAAUCGCGACGUGGAAAGGCAGUCCAUGGCGGGACCGCAUCUCUCUCGCCAUUCUGGAGCUUCAGGAGAAGGGCGUCAUACAAAUACUGUAUGAUAAAUGGUGGAAGAACACUGGUGAUGUGUGCAACAGGGAUGGGAAGGACAGUAAAGCCAAUCCACUUGGAGUGCAGAAUAUUGGUGGUGUGUUUGUGACGCUGCUAUGCGGACUGGCUUUAGCCAUAGUGGUCGCCAUCUUGGAAUUCUGCUGGCACACUAAGAAGAACGCGUCACAGGGGAGGCAGUCGCUGUGCAGCGAGAUGGGACAGGAGCUGCGAACAGCGAUGCGCGGUGGAUCGUCAAGUAGGACGGUCCUCAGGCCGGGUUGUUCACGGUGUUCCCCCGCCACCCACGUGCCCCCAGCACCUUCAAGAUACGAGGCUCAAGACUUAUCCAACAGCGUGGUAGAGCUGAAAGAGCUCCGCUGGUCGUAGCGACACUCUCGCGGGCCCGCCUCCGCGCCCGCGUCCCCCGCGCGCCGCCCGCGCCCCUGCA